GAUGUUGUGGUUUGUUUCCCUCGGAAGUGAAAAAUAGUAAGACAAACAACAAGGACAGCGUUAGCCAAGAACAUAAUAAGAAAAACGUGUAUAUUUGAAUUAGGAGAAAGAACACACUCUACUAAUACAGGAUAAUAAUAGUUUGUAUUCACAAUUCAAUAACUACAUGUUCUUUCUACGAGAAGAAUUUAUCAGUUUCCCACAUUUGAUCAUUUUAUAGGAGCGACGCUAACGUUACAGGGCUCAAGCUAGCCUACAUUGUAUCAUCUAAUCUUGCCUUCCCUUUUUACGGAAGAGAAAGGCAAGAACCAGAUACAAGAUGAGGCCAGUCGGGUCCAAGGAUUGUAACGAUUGAUCCUUGAUUCAAUGUCUGCAUUGGGUAGGGUACCUAGGACAAUGAUGCCUGCCAUUGCAGUAUUAUUCAGCUGUCCUUGUCUGACUCUUUGGCCUUGCUGAGGUGUGGUGUCGGAGGAGGUGUGGUGUCGGAGGAGGUGUGGUGUCGGAGGAGGUGUGGUGUCGGAGGAGGUGCGGUCAGUGAGAAUGGAUCAAGGCCCCCACCUAACAUGACAUUGGAUACUUUUUUGGAACUUAAAUCAAGAGACUGGGAGGAAGAUGGAGAAAGAGGUGGCUGAGGGGGAGGUGGAGAUGAAGAGAGAGACAUGGACUGUAGAGGCAACUGAGGAGAGUCCUGAAGAGCUGCUCUCAGGUGUUCCUCACCUCCCAUCUUCAACCACCAUGCCCGACCAGUGGGAAGUCAGAGGAGAUGAGGAGGAAACUCAACAACAAGUUCCCAAUAAGGAGAUGACUGACUAUAUCAAAGUUACCCCUCAGGAUAUCCAAUCCCCAUUCAACCAGGAGGACUCGGAAGAUGUAGAAUCAGAGGAUUGUGGGAUUGCAGAGGACAAUGAGGUCUCUCUAAGACAGGAGGGGGUGGUGCAUGUGGAGAGAGAAGGAAAUGAGGAGACAGAGGGUGGAGAUGAAGAGGAGAGCGGAGGGAAGGAGCCAAGCAUAAACGGGGAGUCAGGCUGGAGGAACUCAGGGGCCGGAGGGAGGAGAGGCCGGUCCCGGAACAGCGGGGGGGGCAGCCUCGGAGCAAAACACUCAGGCUACAUCGUCAUCCUCGUCCUCCUACCUCCCUAAAGGUUCUCUGUCGUCGGGUGGCGGUAGGCACAAGCAGACCCGGAGGCGCAACCACCACCAUCAGCAGGGCCGGAGCCGGCGGCGGACGGGCACCCAGCUGGCCUUGGCCUUCAGGGAGCUGCUGUCGGAGUCGCUCAGCCCCUGGUGCAUCUCCUGCAUCCACAUGGUGGUGGAGGUCAUUGUCACCAUGACCCACCGAUGCGGAGUGGCCGUGGAGGUCGGAGGGGUGGCCCUCUACGACCUGGGCUCACAGAUGCUCAACAGGGUCACUGACGUGCCGGGGAUGAAGGCAGAUGCACAACGCGUGCUUGAGAGGGCGAGGUGCGCCGGGGCGGUCCUGGUGGAUAAGAGUGUUCGGUUGGUGAAAUGGGUCCGGAAGGCCUCCCUAACUUGCUUCGGCCUCCUCUGUGCCGUGGUACUGCUGGGGUUCCAGUGGGCCCGGUUCACGCUGGUCCGGCUGGGCGGGGAGAGGGCCCAGCGGUGGUGGACGGCCAUGCAGGACUCCAGGGUAUGGAGGAGGGUGGCUUCGCUGGUGGAGAGGGUCAGCAGCUGGUUCAGGAGGAGAGCCACCCAGGUGCCCCCUUUGACCCCAGAUUCUCCUGGUGGAGCAGGCAGAUGCCAACCUGGAAAGGAGCUGGAGAGACUGCUGGCGCUGGCUCAAGUCCCUGAGGAGGAGCUGGACCCUUUUACAGUGCUGGGGGUGGAGGCCCACGCCACUGAAGCUGAGCUAAAGAGGGCUUACAGACAGCUGGCUGUCCAGGUCCAUCCAGACAAGAACAAGCACCCACGCGCUGGGGAGGCCUUUAAGGUGCUGAGGGCUGCCUGGGACAUUGUCAGUAACCCAGAAACACGGAGGGAAUACGAGCUGAAGCGCAUGGCGAAGACGGAACUCUCCAAGUCGAUGAAUGAGUUCCUCACCAAACUGCAGGAUGACCUGAAGGAAGCUAUGAACACUAUGAUGUGCACCAAGUGUGAGGGCAAGCACAGGAGGUUUGAGAUGGACCGGGAGCCUGCGGAGGCUCGGUUCUGUGCAGAGUGUAACAGACGCCACAGCGCCGAGGAGGGAGACCUGUGGGCCGAGUCCAGCAUGCUGGGCCUACGCAUCACAUACUUUGCCUGCAUGGAUGGCAAGGUCUACGACAUCACAGAGUGGGCCGGCUGCCAGAGGAUAGGAAUCUCCCCAGACACACACCGCGUUCCCUACCACAUCUCCUUCGGAUCCAAGAACAACAGCAACUCCACGCAGCGCCACAGGACACCUCCAGGCCCAGAGCACCAUCCUCCAGGCCCGACCAACCCUGCUGACCUGCAGGACUUUUUCAACCGCAUCUUCCAGGGGGGACCUCCCCCUGAUAUGGCUGCCAACGGGGGUUUCUUUCCCUCAGGACCGCCCCCUCAUCACCCCUCUGGUGCUGGACUGGGACCUAGUGGACCUUUCUCCCCUCCUCCACCUCAGACUGGCUUCUUCAUGCCUCCUGGGGGGCCCCGGCCAGAGCCCAGCGAGACGUGGGCUGAGAGCGGAGGCAAACCUCUACCCCGCAGGAAGAAGAAGGUCCGCAAGCCCUUCCAGAGGUGAGAGCGGCCAUUGUUGUGAUACGUCAUCAUAGCAACACAGGGACACUCUACACAUGGCCAUAUCUGUCUUCUUGCUUGUCUGUCAGCGAGCCCGGACCUCCCCUUACUGUACAUGAGUCGAAGGAUCAAUCGAGCUCAGGAAGAUUCACACUGGUCGGGGCUACCACCCGAAUCAAUGACUGACAACACAUAGGUCCCAAGCCAGAGAUGAGACUGGACCAUGUAUAAGAAGAAGAAACUAACUCCGUUUAAGUAUAUUUGGGGUAAGGAGGUGGCAGUAUUUCUGCUUCUCCCACUCUCAUUUGUUUUCUUCUUUGAUUAAACAGCUGUAGCCAUGCCACUGAAAUCACAAGCCUAUUGCUUAUGCAAACACAUUUCCUUAGGUCUUACUUUCCUGCACAAUUCUGCAUACACGAUUACAUGCCAUUGGACUCUUUCAGUCCUUGAGGCUUUUGUGAUACAUUUUUGGGGAUAUGGUAAUGUAAUAUUGCUUCAGGUCUCUGUGCAUUUGUGUUUGAAAGGGACAUGGCUAGAAGAAGCCAAUUAGAAUUGAUUCAUUUCUGAAUUUAACUGCUCAAGCUGAAUCCUGGGAGAAGACUGUCCAGAGAGAGGGCUCCUCUGCCUGUUACUGCUUGUACACAUCCUUCCUUCCGCCUGUUGCCUUCUUUGAUAAAUUGUUAGAUUAUCAUUUGAGCAACUGCUUUUCUGCCAUUUUUAUUACUUUGAAUGAAGUUAGAGCGAAAGUUUCACUAACUUAUAUUGGGAAGUAGGUUUGUGGGGAAUGCUUUUGGACCUGAAUUAGAGUGCAAGUAUGUUCCCUGCCAAACAUAGAUACACUGCUCGUUGAACAUCUUAUUCAAAAAUCAUUGACAUUAAUAUGGAGUUGGUCCCCCUUUGCUGUUAUAACAGCCUCCACUCUUUCACUAGAUGUUGGAACAUUGCUGCGGGGACUUGCUUCCAUUCAGCCACGAGCAUUAGUUAGGUCGGGCACUGAUGUUGGGCGAUUAGGCCUGGCUCGCAGUCGCCGUUCCUAUUCAUCCCAAGAUGUUGUAUGGAGUUGAGGUCGGGGCUCUGUGCAGGCCAGUCAAGUUCUUCCACACCGAUCUCGACAAACCAUUUCUGUAUGGGCCUUGCUUUGUGCACGGGGGUAUUGUCAUGCUGAAAAAGAAAAGGGCCUUCCAUAAACUGUUGCCACAAAGUUGGAAGCACAGAAUCGUCUAGAAUGGCCUUGUAUGCUAUAGCGUUAGAUUUCCCUUAACUGGAACUGAGGGGCCUAGCCUGAAACAUGAAAAAGAGCCUCGAACCAUUAUUCCUUCUCCACCUUUACAGUUGGCCCUAUGCAUUCGGGUAGGUAGCGUUCUCCUGGCAGAUGAUGAAGCGUGAUUGACGUUGCUUCCGGAGGUAGUUUGGAACUUGGUAUUGAGUGUUGCAACCAUGAUGCUACGCGCUUCAACACUCAGCAGUCCCAUUCUGUGAGUGUGUGUGGCCUACCACUUUGCGGCUGAACUGUUGUUGCUGCUAGAUGUUUCCACUUCUCAAUCACGGCAUUUACAGUUGACCGGGGCAGCUCUAGCAGGGUAGAAAUUUGGCAAACUGACUUGUUGGAAAGGUGGCUUCCUAUGAUGGUGCCUUGUUGAAAGUCACUUAGCUCUGUAGUAUGGGCCAUUCCACUGCCAAUGGCUAUGUGCUUGAUUUUAUACACCCCUCAGCAACGGGUGUGGCUGAAAUUGCUGAAUCCAUUAAUUUGAAAAGACAUCCACAUACUCUUGGCCAUGUAGUGUAUCAACUCUGUCUAGCUACAUUGAAUACACAUUGAAGCCCACUUAGAAUCACUUUGAGGCAUCAGAGGUUAGCAGGUACAUAUUCAAAUCCAGACGGUUAUAUUGUGAGUCAAGGACCUAGGCUAUUUACUGCUUGCAGUCCCUAAGUAUUGGUGUGAAACAUCAGUGUUCAGUUGAUUUUGUAGUAAAGUUGAUUUCAGAUGGAUGGAUGAAUAGAUUUCAGAUGGAUGAAUGGACAAUGUUUGUUUUGUGAGUUAUGUGGAUUAAAUUCCAUCUUCAAGUUCCGACUCUCACAAGACAGGUGAAUGCUGGAUAAUUCCAAUGGAGCAGAAACCAGGGGACCUGUCUAGAAGCAUCGUGUUGUUCCCGUGGCUCAAGAGAAUGCCAAGAUGCAAUCCGCCCUGAAUUGCAUCUUGACACCCUUUAAGAUUGGAGGUGACUGAACUUCCAUUGAGAACACAAUGACUAGCAGUGUACAAUAGUUAUCAGAGAUUAGUCUUUGGCGGAUACUUACCAACAGUUUAAAGGUUGAUGGAAUGACAGAGGAGCUGAAUAUCAAGACUAACAGUCCUACCACCACUUUUUAUUUCAAAGAAAAGCUACCACUGCCCUCUUUUGCCCCUUUCUCAUUAGUCAGUAUGCUCCAGAUUGAAGAGGGAUAGUAUUCAGAUCUCUAACAAUCUGCCUGUACUCAUUAUGGCAAAUCAUUGUGUUUUUCCUGUGGAGAUACAGUAUUUGAAAUAAAUGUGGUGAAAGUUGAUCAACUAAUUCCUUUUAUAAGCCACAGGUCUAGGUUCCAGUGAAGGAGAUAAAACAUUCAAACGUUAAUAGGUCUGAUUCCAUAUUUAUCGAUAACCCCAGAGUAGGAGCGCUGAUCUAGGUUCUAUUUAUCGAUAACCCCAGAGUAGGAGCGCUGAUCUAGGUUCUAUUUAUCGAUAACCCCAGAGUAGGAGCGCUGAUCUAGGUUCUAUUUAUCGAUAACCCCAGAGUAGGAGCGCUGAUCUAGGUUCUAUUUAUCGAUAACCCCAGAGUAGGAGCGCUGAUCUAGGUUCUAUUUAUCGAUAACCCCAGAGUAGGAGCGCUGAUCUAGGUUCAGGCCUUUCCAUGUAAUCUUAUUCAUUAGGAUCAAAAAGGCUAAAUUGAUCCUAGAUUAGUACUCCUACUCUAAGACGCUUUAUGAAUAUGUGCCCUGCCCAGGUAUCGGUUCCAUUUUACCUUUUUGAUUUGUGUUAUUCUGUGGAUGUUGGGAGAUGGGUUGUAGCUUUGAUUUAAAGGGCCUAGGUCCCUUGUUGCGCAUGUUUAUUUGUUCUCCUUGAAGUGAAAAAUGUUUUCAGUGCAAUUGUCCACUUGCUUUUUAUUUUUUUAUGGAGGUAUUAGAGGUUUAAUUUAACCUGUUUUAGUCUGAAUUGUCAAUACUGUCAGAUUGUUAGAUACCCUCGUUGACUUGAGAAUGUAUGGCUUAAGUAGCAGUCUAAAGCGGCAAGUCAACUCAGGGCUCCCAAUGUGGAAGAAGAGCCAAAAUCGCAGAUUAUAAUUUGUUCUUGAGAUAUUUUUAAACAGUAUAUGCAAAAACAAAUAUUGCAAAAAAAUCAGACAAUCAUCAGGGUUAAAUGUGCGGGGCACUUGCAUUUUUUUUCUGUUUUUGGGGUAGGAAAGUGAGUUUGCUGGCAAGAGUUUAUUACAAUUGUGAAACAUCAGUGUUAAGUUGAUUUUCCUUUUGUCUGGAUUUCAUAGUAAAGUUGAUUUCAGAUGGA